CUGCAAGUUAUUGUGCUGUGUCUGGUAUUAGAGAUGCCUGUCGACCUUGCGGGGUGGGAUGAAUCCCUGGCACUUUAUGAAGUGGAUGAAAAGCCCGAAUAUCCGUUAGUGGUCACGUUUGGAUCGGUUACUGUGAAAAAGCUGGGAGAAGUCCUUACACCUUCUCAGGUGAAACAAAUGCCAUCUAUUAGUUGGGAGGGCAUGGACCCUAACGUUUUGUAUACUUUUAUUUGUACUGAUCCUGAUGUACCUUGCAGAGAAGACCCCAGCAUUGGGGAAUGGCAUCACUGUAUAGUGGUAAACAUGAAAGGAAAUGACCUCAGCAGCGGGUGUACACUUACUAAGUAUGUCGGCUCCGCACCUGGAAAAGAUACAGGUCUCCAUCGUUAUGUCUGGUUGGUAUAUGAGCAGAAGGAGUCACUGAAAUGCGAUGAGCGAAUUCUGACCAACCACUCUGGUGAACACAGAGGAUGCUUUAAGGUGUCUAGUUUCCGCAAGAAGUAUGGGCUGGGAGCCCCUGUUGCUGGGAGUUGCUACCAGGCUGAGUGGGAUGAUUAUGUCCCCAAGCUGUAUGAGCAGCUUAGCUCCUAA